AAGCAACUUGAUCCGUUUAACCAUUUUAAAUCAUAAAGUUUAGGAUUUCCUCGUUUAAAAAUAAAAUGAAAAAUGAUUGUAGACCUUAUUCUAAAGCAGACCCGACAAAACCCAUUCAAUUCCAACAUGCAGUAAUAAUAUUGUAAAGUCAACUGAAAACAAAACACAUAAUUGAGAUUGUUGUUGAGGUUAGACCAAAUAGUUCGGGAUGACAGGUCGUAAAAUAUAAUCCCAGCUUUUUUUCCCUAGGCUGUAGUGUCUUAAUGUCCGUUGUCCUCAAGGGUCAAAAGGGAUGAACAAUGUUUCGUUUUAAUUGUAAUUUUUAUAUCAUUUAACAUUUUCCAAGAAAAUUUAAAAAAUUGAUUUUAUAUAAUAAUAAGUAUCAAGUUAGACAUUUGCACACAUUAUAAAAAAUAUGAUAUAGAGGGUGACAUCCAUUAACGCACGGUCCUUAUAUAGGGGCAAACGAUUUAUUUGGAGGGCGUCAAAGAUUAACUUUUUUUUUCAAUACAUACAUAAAACUCAAACGUGACUUUUCAUUAAUUAAAGUUUGGGGUGACAAAAGGGUGAAAGACCUUCAAAAACGUACUGCGGCAAAUACUGUGUUUUUGACAUGCAACAAGUUCACCAAACAAUAAAAUCUUUGACACCCUGUAACUAGGAAACAAAAUCUUUUCGAAGCCAUGUUCAUAUAUUUUUUUAUUUCACGGUGAGAAAUAUGCCUCUAAGUUGAGCCCGUGGAUUAAUAAGUCACCCUGUAUACGUACUUAGAUAAAAAAGUUCACGAUGAUGAACUUAGAACAAAUAAAGAAAACAUCGAAAACGAGACAAAUAAUUAAAAAAGAAACAAAUUUAAGCCCGAUGAAGAUUAAAUUAUGGAAAUUUAAAAAUAUAAUAAACUCAGAUAAUUAUGAAUAUCGAAAUUUAUUUACACAACAUUAAAUUAUCGACGUUCCGUUUUGCACUUAACAGAUUUAAAAUUUAUGUAAUUUAAAACGAAAAUCCUGGUGGCAAAAAAAAGAACGCCCUAUAUACUUCACACGUUACAGGCAUCCUCUGGGAUGAAAGUUGUUUGUGUGCGCUAUCGCUAGAGUAUCACAUACAAUGAUUUGGUUUUAAUACACAGAUAACGCAUCGAAAAUAAAUAUUUCGAAUAUAUAUAAAAGAGGACCCGCCAGACAACGAAGAUUAAAGCAGCAUCGACAGCAAUUUGAAAAUGGUUUAUAAAAUUGAAAGAUUAACGGACCAGGUAUCGAUAUUAGGAGAAGCACCGUUUUGGGACGAAGAAAAACAGGUUCUGUAUUUCGUCGAUAUCUACGGGAAAUAUUUGCAAAAAUACGAUCCCGCUACAAAUGUAUUCACCAAAGUAGAGAUAGAGGAUUUAGUUCACGCCGUCAUUCCUGUGAAAGGAAAACCCGACGAAUUUUUCAUCCCCCUAAACGAAGAGUUGCAAGUGAUAAAUUGGGACGGUCAAAGUGCUGAAUAUUCCGUCGUCAAAAGUCUGUGGAAAUUCGACGACAAACUGAAAGGAAAGUCGAUUUUCAAUGACGCAAAAUGCGACCAAACCGGCCGACUCUGGAUAGGAACCCUGGAUUCACGCAUUGUCGGUCUACCGGCGCCGAAAGUCGACCAAUGGGAAGGAUUUUUUAUUUCGUACCAGAAGGGAAAAGUAGUGACGCACGCGACCAAUAUUGGAAUCUCAAACGGUAUUGCUUUCGACGACGUUUUGAAAAAGUUAUACUUCGUAGACACAGCAAGCGGUAUAAUAGAUCAGUUCGAUUUCGAGGAAGGAAGUGGCACGUUAGCUAAUAGAGAAACUGUUUUCACAUUCGACAAACACAAGCUAUCUGGAUAUCCUGACGGCCUAACGAUCGACGCAGAUGGCAAUCUUUGGGUGGCCGCCGUCACUGCUGGAAAAAUUUUGAAAAUCGAUCCCCGAAAACCGGAAACACUCUUGGAUACCAUUGUUCUACCGGCUAUUCAGCCGACUUCGGUUACAUUUGGAGGACCCCAGUUGGAUGAACUGUAUGUUACCACUGCAAGAUUUCCAGUAGAAGGAGUGACACCAGAACCACCAGUUAAUGGCAGCUUAUAUAAGAUUACCAAUUUGGGAGUAAAAGGCUUGCCCUCCAACAAAUUCGUUUACUAAUUUUGGUACAAUGUGUUAUAAUGUAAUAAAUGCCACAAUGCCUGAAUUUUUUUUAUUUGUGAAAAUUCAGAAAAUAAAAAAUACAAAUUCUGACGCUCUUUUGUUUUCAUA